AUGAAGCCAUACAGCAUUGCUGCAGAACUACUGUUACAAGACAUGACUAUUACCGUGUCCUUCUUGAUGAUGCACAACUCUUCCUGCUUGCUUGAGCUGACGCAGCCGAUUCGCAAGAAUGAGAUACCGUGCGAGCUAUUAACUCUGGGAGAAAUCAACUUAUACAAGAAAGUCUUAGAGAACACGACUUAUGAAUUGGCGACCACAGGGUCUCAAGACAUCAAAACAGCCCUUAGCAACAAUACAGAUCUUAUUCCGGGUGUUUACGAAGGUGGCUUGAAGACCUGGGAGUGCUCGCUCGACCUCUUAAUGCUUUUGGCACAGAUGAGCAAAGGCGUGGACAUGUCCAGUACUCGAGUUCUUGAGCUGGGCUGUGGCAGUGGUCUGCCUGGCGUGUACAUGAUCUCCUGCACGUCCGCUUCUAGGGUGGACUUUCAGGACUACAACGAGGAGGUGCUUACUCACGUGACUAUACCCAAUGUCGUAUUAAACGCACCUGUUAGCGGCAAGUCUUUGAAUGAGGAAGUGCAUCCGAGUGCAUUGGCACAACGAUCGAGUUUCUACUCGGGGGAUUGGUCCGGGUUUGUGCAAUUGAAUAAUCCAAAUAAGGCACCGGAGCUUAAGUAUGAUAUCGUGCUGACCUCAGAAACCAUUUACGAGCCCUCCCUGAACAAAGUCCUUCUGGCGACUAUCAAAGAUUCCAUGGCCUAUCCCAGGGGAGUUGCGCUGGUAGCGGCAAAAUCUUAUUACUUCGGAGUAGGCGGGAGCAUGACUGCAUUCCAGUCGCUGGUCGCAUCCGACCCCGAAUUGAAAUCCGAAACGGUGUACCAGAGCUCUGAGGGUGUCAACAGAGAAAUACUUCAAAUAUCAUUUGCCUCUGCCUGAGAUCAACACUCUUGAUCAUGGUACUCUGACCCUUAUGAAAAGACAAUGCUCGGACUGUAGGGAGAAUUACAGCACACACAAGGGUAGGCUGUUUUCAUCUUUGCCAGCUAGAGGACGAUCGUAAGAUUGCAAGGGCUAUAAACUGACAGACGCCUAUUUGAGCGAGUCUUCUGUGUGAUAUGUCGCCACAAUCUCGAGGGUUCUUGAUAAAGUUCGGCGAAUUUUGCUUUGAGCGGACCAGUAUGGGAUAAGAGUUGACAGCUUGCAAGCAGAAUUUCAUUCGGCAGACAAGAGUGUGAAUUCUCAGUGGGUAAACUACGAAAUGAUCUAUAGUCAAACAUCAGAGUGCACACCCUCUGCUUCCAAGGCUUUUCUUCUGCUCAAAUGUAACGGUAGUUUAUCUUGAUGUACAUUCGACGCGUGUGGUGCACUUCGCUCUAUAGCUGGAAGGGUGCGAGCAAGGCACUGCCGCAUUGGUCCAUUGGGAGUCUAGCUGUUUGUUAGUCAUGAGGAUGGCUUCGCUAAGUGCAUACAGGCUGUGAGGGCGUGUUAUAACAAUAAACUAGCCUUUCCCAAGAGCGAAAGUCGUCUGCGACUUAUUUUAAUCAUGAAUUAGAUGUAUU